AUGCGCUUCUCUACAGCCUUCGCCGCCUUGGCUAUUGCCUCGGCCCAGGCCCAGACCCCAACCACCAACUACAACUACACCAGCGAGCUAGAUAUGACAAUUGAUCCCAACACUGUCAUCCCGACUCUACGAGCCACUUGGUGCCAGGGCCAGAUAAACACUUGCCGCCUCCUCUGCAAUGACGACGCUUCAGUGAACGACUGCACAGUGUCGACCCUGAAGUGGAACUGCACUUGCACCUCGAACAGCUCGACCCCCGGUAUUCAGUACUACCAGCAGACCAUGCCAUUCUACAUUUGCCAGGAGCUGUUCUCGCAGUGUAUCACCACCAAUGCUGCCGGGGGCGGCGGCGUUGCCUCCUCUUCCACCGCCACCACAGGUGCUUCCCAGCCCUCUAAGACGAGUGGUAGCAGCACCCAGGUGACUUCUACCAGCUCCAAGGGUCUUGCUGGACCUACCUUGGCCCCUGUGGGCAACGGUGCCUUUGUUGCUGCCAUGGGUUUGAUGGCUUAUCUGCUCUAG